UCGCGUAGACGUGAUGUCACUUUGACAGCUGUGGCUGCUUUGUUUAGUUGGCACUCGGGAGUGGAAUUGGGGAUUCAGUGCAAAUAGUGUAGCUUUCGUCCGAGAAAUUCGACUGUGGAUAGUUUGCAAGAACGUGAAGUGUGUGCAUUUGUCGUACAGUGAUUAUUCUGAAUUGGUGAUUUCGGUUCGUGUAAAUUUCGACGUCGCACUCGAAAUUGUGUAGCCUCGACCCGAGCAGAAUGUGGAGCCCGACUCAUAUCCAGGUGACAGUUCAACGAGCUAAAGGACUCCUGACUAAAGGAAAAAAUGGCACAAACAAUUGUUUUGUUACAAUCGGUUUGGGAAAGGAGAAGUAUCAAACCUCGAUUAAGGAUAAAUCACCGCAAAAUGUGGACUGGCACGAAGAGUGUGAACUGACCAUUCCCGAUCGUGGAAAUAGAGCUGAACUGGUGCUCACUUGUUUGCAUCGUAACAACUUGGGAAUUGAUGAGUUCCUGGGUCAAGUUACGCUUCCACUGAAUGAAAUGGAUGUUUAUGACCGUCCACGAUCAAAAUGGUUUAAGUUGGAAAGCAAACCAGGAAAAGAAAAGAAAGAUAAAGAUCGGGGAGAGCUGGAAGUUCGAAUACAAUUUGUAGUGAAAUCUGGUUCGUUAACGGAUUUGAGCAAAAAAGAGAAACACAAGUCUUCGAUUGGUCAAUUGGCAUCCUCGGUGGGCGGUAGCCUCUUAAGUAUAGGAACAAUAGAGAAGCGUAAAGGUCUAAAGAAAUUUGCAAAAUCACUUGGAUCGAAAAUGCAUAUCAGCGGAAAAUCAAAAAAAGAUAAGGACAUAGAUGCACAGUCAUACACUAGUAGUCAAGCUAGUAUCGGGACACCUAACAGCCAUGAAGGACUUAGAAGAUUUGGUCAAACAGUGGGAGAUGCCGAUCCAGGAGUUAUCAGCGAGGAUGAAGAUGAAUUCGUCUUCGAUAAUCUAUCGCAUAAGAGCUCAGGGAGCUCGUUAAAUAUCCGUGGUUCAACAGGAAAUCAACACUCACAGUCUUCCCCAGUGCCUCAAUAUUCAUCGCCGAAAGAAGAUGUUAAUUUACGAUCCAAAACCCUUCCGCCAUUGAAACCUCCUCGUACUCCAAACGACUCACCAAAAGUGGAUGAAUGGGAAGCAAAAUUAUAUGGAAAGCAUUUAGAUAUAAGUAGCAGCGAUUCAUUGAAACGACGAUCAUGGGAAAAUUCGCGAGUACCUUUGGUAACAAAAGAAGAAGUUACGGAAAAUGGAGUGGAACACAAGGAGGACGUGAAGCAGCAGCAACAACCACAGAAGUCGAUUGAAACACUUGCAGUACCUACUCAAAAGAGUUCUAUUAAGUCGGCUCCAUCAUCACCGCAGCUUAGUAAUAUUUGUGAAACAGCUGAACUCGAGGACGAAGCAAUGAAACCAAAACCAUUGCCACGCAGUCAAACUUCGACAUCGUUGGUGGAUAAAGAGGAGCUAGUUGCGAAAGAGUCUGAGAAGCAUCACAAUGAAAAGACUGAAAAGAAACGUUUUAGAGAGAAAUUGAAAUAUUUCAGACGAGAGAAACCUGACAGUCUGGAAGAAUCAAGUCCUCCAAAACAUGUAGGCGAAAGAAUCAUUAUAGGACAUGAGAAUAAUUUCAUGAAACCGAAAGUUCAACAACCUGAAAUUUCGCCCGCAAUAAUUAAAAAAUAUGAAGGAAAAUCACGUGAGGAUCUGAUGUUACUCGCAAAUAGUUUAGAAGGUGAUGUGUCAAUUCAAAAGGCGAGAGUAAAGGAGCUUGAGGAUUACCUGGAUAAUCUGCUUUUGCGGGUGAUGGAGACACAUCCGAAGAUUCUACAGAAUCCAUAUACUCGAACUUCAUCCACUAAGAGUGGAUAGACAUUAUAUCCUAAGGAGCGCGAUCACAUUUUAAAUUUCCAAUUGGAUACACUGUUGCCUUGUUAUCAGCGCUGUUCCAACCAUGUUGCCUUAUUUAUUCAAAAAAUGAUGUAAUGUUGAAAAUGUUAAAAUGCCUAGAACUUUACAUUAAAUUCUAAUUUGAAUUGUUAUAAAUUUCAAUAUAUCUCACGAUAUAAGUAAAAAUCACAUAAAAUCUGUUGCAUUUGUUAAGAGAAUAUUAAGCAACUUACAUUUUUCCCUAUUUUCUUACUUUUUAUCUCACAUUUUGACUACUUACUACAAAAAAGACAAAGAGGAGACUUAACUAUAACGCAAUACAUAUUAGAAUUCUCAAAGUGAAUUUCUACUUAAACAUUACACAAUAUAUCUAUAUCUACAUUUAUAGGACGGUUUGUUCUCAACUCAACCUGUUUUUGUACAUUAUGAUUUAUGUUAUUUUCUUAUUUUUUAUUUUUAAAUCUGCUAACACAAUGCAUUUAGUUUUUAAGACAAAGAGAAGGAAACAAUCUAGAAAAUAUCUCAUUUUUAUUAAAAAUUAAUAAAACCUUUUAACAAAAAACCAAAUACAUGAAAACUUCAGCAAAGACAUAUUUAUAAUAGUAAAAACAAAGAACAAACUAAGAAAGUAUAACUGGACUUUAUGAAGAGAGUGUAAAGAUUGAUGGCUUAUGUGGGGUCAGAAUUUUAAGGGGUUGUUCUUUUUUAUUGAAAGUAAUUAUUAUGAUUUAUUAUAUUUUUUCUGGAUUGAAAAGAAGAAUAUAUGUACUGUUAGGUUUUAUGUAAUAUAAAUAAAAGUUAUUUAUUGUAAACUAC